AUGACCAUGAUCCUCUCAACUCCAUUUUGCUUUGGACUCCUAACUUUGUUAUCUGGGGUGGUCUUUUUAGAAUUGGUGCAUGGACGGCCCUAUCUUACCCAAGGAAAUGAAGUUUUUCCAGAUGCAAAGGACACAAAUGGCAAGGAACUGUUGCUGGCUCUCCUGAAUACAGAUUUUGAUAUCCAAAGAUCUUCCAAACUGGAUAUAGAACUGGCUAACAAAUUGGAAGAACUUAACCAGCUAGAAAAGCUGAAAGGACAGUUUGUGGGGGCAAAGGAUGCUGAGCCGUCCUCUGCUAUCGAUGGUCUAUUCUCUUCCCGUCCUAACAAGCGCGCUUGCUUUUGGAAAUACUGUGUUUAA